AUGGGACCCCGACCGGGGGGCAGCCCUGGGGGUGUCACCCCUGGUGGCACCCUCCCUGGUGGCAUUUCUGGUGGCUUCUCCUGUGGUGACAUCUCCUCUGCUGGCAUCUCCCUUGGUGACAUCUCCGGUGUCACCUCCCAUGGUCACAUCUCCCAUGGUGUCACCUUCCAUGGUGGCAUCUCCUCUGGUGGCGUCUCCUGUAGUGUCACCUCCCAUGGUGACAUCUCCCACGGUGGCAUCUCCCCAAGUGGCUUCUCUGGUGGCACCUUCCAUGAUGGCAUUUCCCCUGACGACUUCCAUGGUGACAUCUCUCACGGUGGCAUCUCUCGUGGUGGCAUCUCCCAUGACACUGUCACCUCCCAGGCUGGUGGCACCUCCCUGAACAGUGACAACUGCCACACGGGUGGCACCUCCCAGAGUGGCACCUCCCAUGGUGGCACCUCCAAUGGUGAUAUCUCCAAUGGUGACAUCUCCAAGGGUGGCAUCUCCAAUAUCGGCAUCUCCAAUGGUGACAUGUCCCGUGGUGACAUCUUCCGUGGUGGCAUCUCCAAGGGUGACAUCUCCAAGGCCAGCAUCUCCCAUAUUGGCAUCUCCUGUGGUGCCACCUCCCCUGUGGUGGUGAUGUGCAUGCACUCGGUGCUUCUGGGUGGCCAGGAGCAGCGUGUCCUCCUGGAGGAAGCUGAGGACCUGGGCAUGACCGACGGCACCUACACCUUCAUCCCCUACGACGCCCUCACCUUCCCCCUGCCCUAUCGCCGGGUCCCCUACCCUGUCCUGGCCAACAACUCCAAGCUGCGCUUGGCCUACGACGCCGUCCUCACCAUCACCAUCGACUCCCCCGAGGGCACCUUCCAGGAGGUCCUGAGACAGGCCAAGGAGGCCUAUGAGGUCCCUGCCAACAUCGACCCCACGCAGAGCGCCCACGGCUGCAGCUUCCAGGGCUUCUCCCAGAGCUUCCAGGUGACAGAGGACGGGGACCCGCGUGUCCCCUACGUGGUCCUGGACACGGACGGCAAGGACGACCGGCUCUGGCCCGUCUACGAGUGGGACCCCGGGACUAGGGGCCUGGGCUACCGGGGCCACAGCGUCCACUGGCCACACGGGGCCAGCCCAGCCAGCGACGCCGACUGCUGGUUUGACUCUGGGACCAUCUGCAGGGGGGGAGCUGAUGCCACCUUCGUCUUCUUCAUGUUCCUCCUCAUCUCUGCCCUCUUUGGGGCUGGAGGGGCCCUCGCUUGCUUCAUCAGCAUGGAGGACUUGACCUUCAUCCACACCCAGAGCAGCAAGAAGGUGGACGGCAGCCACAGCAGCCUGGACAACCUGAAGGCCACAGCCAAAAACCCCCUCUUCCUUUUGUUUAACCACCAGGGCCUUGUUGCCUCUCUCCAGGGCGACUGGGUCUGGCUGAAGAAGUUCCCAGGAGAAGAGCAGAGUGAGGUGAAACCGGCCACCAAGUUAGCCUUCUGCAAGCUCCGAGACCUUCGUCAUGAGAACGUCAACCUCUUCCUGGGCUUCUUCCAUGACUGUGGGAUCUUUGCCAUCGUCUCGGAGCACUGUGCCCGUGGGAGCCUGGAGGACCUUCUGAGGAACCAGGACAUGAAGCUCGACUGGAUGUUCAAGUCCUCCCUCCUGCUCGACCUCAUCAAGGAGGGGGGAAAAGGUGGGAGAGGUGGUGGCAACAUGGUGGUCGUGGCCAUUCUGGUGGUGGUCAUGGUGCUGAUCUUGGCCGUGGUGGUGGUGGCCAUGCUGCUGUUGUCCAUGCUGGUGGUGGCCACGGCGCUGGUGUUGUCAAUGGUGUUGUCCAUCCUGGUGGUGGCUAUCUUGCUGGUGGCCAUGUUGGUACUGGCCAUGCUGGUGGCCAAUGCUGGUGGUGGCCAUGAGAUCAUCGAGAAGGUGACCAAGCCCCCCCCCCUGUGCCGCCCGGCGGUCUCGGCCGACCAGGCCCCCCUGGAGUGCAUCCACCUGAUGAAGCAGUGCUGGAGCGAGCAGCCCGAGAAGAGACCCACCAUCGACCAGGUCUUCGACCAGUUCAAGGGCAUCAACAAGGGCCGCAGGACCAACAUCAUCGACUCGAUGCUGCGGAUGCUGGAACAAUAUUCCAGCAACCUGGAGGACCUGAUCCGGGAGCGCACCGAGGAGCUGGAGAUCGAGAAGCAGAAGACAGACAAGCUCCUCACCCAGAUGCUGCCCCCGUCGGUGGCCGAGGCUCUGAAGAUGGGGACCCCGGUGGAGCCCGAGUACUUCGAGGAGGUGACCCUCUACUUCAGUGACAUCGUGGGCUUCACCACCAUCUCGGCCAUGAGCGAGCCCAUCGAGGUGGUGGAUCUUCUCAACGACCUCUACACCCUCUUCGACGCCAUCAUCGGCUCGCACGACGUCUACAAGGUGGAGACCAUCGGGGACGCCUACAUGGUGGCCUCGGGGCUGCCCAAGCGCAACGGGAACCGCCACGCGGCCGAGAUCGCCAACAUGGCGCUGGACAUCCUCAGCGCCGUCGGCACCUUCAAGAUGCGCCACAUGCCCGAGGCCGCCGUGCGCAUCCGCAUCGGGCUGCACUCGG